AUGGCCACUCUCACUCGAGCCACGCGCAUUCGCAACCCAGCCCUCUUCAUCUGCGAUAUCCAAGAAAAAUUCCGCAAUGUAAUCCACGAAUUCCCCAAAGUAAUAACAACAACCACCAAACUCCUCCGCGCGACGCAACCCCUCGACACGCCAAUCUACCUAACAACCCAAAACCGCGCCCGUCUCGGCGACACCGUCUCCGAACUGAGCCCGUACCUGCACGCGGCCCAACCCCCCAGCUCCGCCGGCACCUCCACCGCCAGCAGCACGCGCCUCCGCGCCGACAUCGACAAAACGCUCUUCUCGAUGAUCACGCCCGAGAUCGACAGCCUCCUACCCAACCCCCAACACGGCGAAACGCCCCUGGACGCGAUCCUGGUGGGGAUCGAGACGCACAUCUGCGUGACGCAGACGACGCUGGACCUGCUGAGUCGCGGGCACCGGGUGUAUGUGAUCGUGGACGGGGUGAGCAGCGCGCACGCGGAGGAGCGCGGAGUGGCGCUGCAGCGGCUGCGGGAUGCCGGGGCGACGGUGACGACGAGCGAGGGGGUGUUGUUUGAGAUGUUGGGGGAUGCGGGGCAUGCGGCGUUCAAGGGGGUGAGUGGGGUGGUGAAGGAGAUGAAGGAGGAGACGAGGGGGGCGUUGGAGGCUUUGGCGCGGAUUUAG